UCCCAGAGGGAGGAGAGGGGAGACUGCAGAGACCGCCACUACCGGCCGGUGCCCCCCCCCCCCCCAGCCAACCCCAAAGCCAGGUGCGCCCCCUUCUGCCCACCCCCCUCCGCUCCCCACUCUCUCCCCGCCCCCACCUCCUUGUCGGUGCGGGUUUGCAGCGCUCGGCUCCUGCUCCUGCGCCUUCCCUUCGCCGCCUGUGACUCUGGCUCGCCCCUCCGUAUUAUGUCUGCACUCCGAAGGAAAUUUGGGGACGAUUACCAGGUAGUGACCACCUCGUCCAGCAGCGGCUCGGGCUUGCAGCCCCAGCAGGGCCCACAGCAGCAGCAGCAGCUGGUGCCCAAGAAGAAGCGGCAGCGGUUCGUGGACAAGAACGGCCGGUGCAAUGUGCAGCACGGCAACCUGGGCAGCGAGACGAGCCGCUACCUCUCGGACCUCUUCACCACGCUGGUGGACCUCAAGUGGCGCUGGAACCUCUUCAUCUUCAUCCUCACCUACACCGUGGCCUGGCUCUUCAUGGCGUCCAUGUGGUGGGUGAUCGCCUACACGCGGGGCGACCUCAACCAGGCGCACGUCGGCAACUACACGCCCUGCGUGGCCAACGUCUACAACUUCCCCUCCGCCUUCCUCUUCUUCAUCGAGACCGAGGCCACCAUCGGCUACGGCUACCGCUACAUCACCGACAAGUGCCCCGAGGGCAUCAUCCUCUUCCUCUUCCAGUCCAUCCUCGGCUCCAUCGUGGACGCUUUCCUCAUCGGCUGCAUGUUCAUCAAGAUGUCCCAGCCCAAGAAGCGCGCCGAGACCCUCAUGUUCAGCGAGCACGCGGUCAUCUCCAUGCGGGACGGCAAGCUCACGCUCAUGUUCCGCGUGGGCAACCUGCGCAACAGCCACAUGGUGUCCGCGCAGAUCCGCUGCAAGCUGCUCAAGUCUCGGCAGACACCUGAGGGUGAGUUCCUCCCCCUUGAUCAACUUGAACUGGAUGUAGGUUUUAGUACAGGGGCAGAUCAACUCUUUCUUGUUUCCCCCCUCACGAUUUGCCACGUGAUCGAUGCCAAAAGCCCCUUUUAUGACCUAUCCCAGCGAAGCAUGCAAACUGAACAGUUCGAGAUUGUCGUCAUCCUAGAAGGCAUUGUGGAGACAACUGGGAUGACUUGUCAAGCUCGAACAUCAUAUACCGAAGAUGAAGUUCUUUGGGGUCACCGUUUUUUCCCUGUAAUCUCCUUAGAAGAAGGGUUCUUUAAAGUUGAUUACUCCCAGUUCCAUGCAACAUUUGAAGUCCCCACCACACCGUACAGUGUGAAAGAUCAGGAAGAAAUGCUUCUUAUGUCGUCCCCCUUAAUAGCACCAGCCAUCACUAACAGCAAAGAGAGACAUAAUUCUGUGGAUUGCUUAGAUGGCCUAGAUGACAUUAGCACAAAGCUUCCAUCGAAGCUGCAGAAAAUGACUGGAAGGGAAGACUUCCCCAGGAAACUCUUGAGGAUGAGUUCUACAACCUCAGAAAAAGCCUACAGCUUGGGAGAUUUGCCCAUGAAACUUCAACGAAUAAGCUCAGUUCCUGGCAACUCAGAAGAAAAACUGGUAUCAAAAGCCACCAAGAUGUUGUCUGAUCCCAUGAGCCAGUCAGUGGCUGACCUGCCACCAAAGCUUCAAAGGAUGGCUGGGGGAGGACCCAGGAUGGAGGGAAAUCUCCCGGCCAAAUUAAGAAAAAUGAACUCGGACCGAUUCACAUAACAAACACCCUCUUAGGCAUUAUUUACUGUUUGAUUUAGUAAUAAUCUAAUAUUUGGCUGAUGAGGGAAUCCUCUCUACAGAAUCUGAAAGGUACCUUGCCUCCCCAGUCAGAUAUGCUUAUUUGAGAAGCCUUAUUUCCCAAGUACUGCCUCUGUGCAGAAAGCAAACAAGUUGUGAAGGGAGGGCCUCAUAAGGAAAUUCUUACUAACGGGCAUGUAUUAUCACAUCAUGCAUGCAAUAAUGUGCAAAUUUUGCAUUUAGUUUUAUGGCAUGAUUUAUAUAUGGUAUAUUUAUAUUGUAUAUUCUGGAAAUAUAUAUAUAUAUAUAUAUUUAAAGGGGUGGUAUUCUCCAUGAUAUUUCUAACAUGUAAAUUAAGCUGAACAUGAAUAAGAUAUCUUUCAGGGCGAUAAAACUAUAUAUAUAUGUAUGUAUAUGUACAUACACAUAUGUAUGUAUAUAUAUAUAUAUGAACACACACAUGCAUACAUACAUAUUUAUCUGAUAAAAUUGUGAUGUUUUGUUCAGAGUUGUAGUUCUUGUGCAUGUUUACUUUAUUAGGCUAGGAAGGCUACUGGCAUUAAUUAUUAAUACCAAAUAGUUAGCCUUAAGUUAUUUGUCAUUUUAAAAAUCUAAUUUAAUGUUUUUUGCUGUUCAAGAUCCUGAAAGGUUUUCAAUUAUACUUUAUAUGAGGGAGUCUGUGCUAUUUAUGGCCCUGCCAAAACAUAACCGUUAUAUAUUUAACUUGUAAAUUUUAGAGCAUAUCAAUAUGUUGAAGAUUUUUUACAAUUUUUAAAACUUGCUAGUACUGGGGGGAAAUAAAGAUAAAUUAAUUUGAGAAUUGGUCCUGUCCUGGACUAAUUAAAAUCUGGACACCUGUUUCGUAUAUGAUUUAACACAACUGUGAGCUCUGAACAAAUGCUGAGUCAUUGUGAUAGUCAGUAGCCAAGUUAUACUGAAUGCAGAGAAUGUGUGAAAUUACAUAAUUAAUGGUUUCUGUUUCAAACUGAGUCGAGUUUAACUUUGUUUCUGAAACUUCUGUCAUUUCAAAAACCAAUAACUUUUCCUUGCAGAGACACAAUACACUGAAAAAGAUGAUAAAUAUUUAUGCUUUAAAUA